AUGAAACGCGAGAAGAGUGAGGUAGAUCACAUCCCUCUUGACCUAGAGGAAGCUAUACUCACUAGAUUGCCUGCCAAGUCUCUUAUGAAAUUCCUAUGCGUGUCAAAGAUGUGGUCUUCCACCAUCAGAAGCCAAAGGUUUGUCAAUUCUUACUUCGCUAUGUCCUCCACUAUGGGAUCGCGGUUUACGAUCAGUUUCGACUGCGGUUCACGAGGCAAGAUCGAUGACGCGCGUAUGUUCAUCUUCUCAUCUUCCUACGAAUGUGAGAGAUCUUCUUCUUUGGCGACCACUCUCCGUAUGACAAUACCUUCUGUGAUCUUGUCUCGCGGCGCGGUCUGUCGUUCUGUCCAUGGCUUAAUCGGGUGUGUAAUGAGUGGUCCGUUCCUUGUCUGUAACCCCAGCACCAACAAAUUCACUCGCCUACCAUCCACCGGACCAUGCACAUCCUGGGGAUACGAUCCUGUUGGAGAUCAAUUCAAAACGUUGACCAAUGUGUCUUAUCCUAAUCAGCCUCCUGAUCAUCUAAUGCACGAGGUCAUAAGACUUGGAGGAGGAGGAGGAGGACUAGAACCUUCUUCAUCAUGGACAAGCUAUAGAUUUGCCUCCCCGCCUUAUAUGGCUGUUACAAAAUCAAUAUGCAUCAAUGGUUUCGUGUAUUAUGCUGCUUGGACCCCAACCCGAACUACAAAUCCGGUGAUUGUGUGUUUUGAUGUAAGAUCUGAGAGGCUAAGUUGCAUCAAAGCGCCUAGGCCUGUUGUUUGGUGGGAGGGUGAUUCAAUAUUGAUAGAAUACAAAGGCAAGUUAGCUUCCAUUGCAAGACAUCCUUAUUCUGAUUUCUCUACUUUUGAUUUAUGGAUACUAGAAGAUGUCAAGACACACGAUUGGUCCAAGCAGACGUUUGAGCUUCCCUUUUCUUUGGGGCUGGCUAGGCAUAUCACUUCCCCGGGUACCAACAGCCUUGGUGAAAUCAUUUUUGCACCAACACUCCUGUCGUAUGAUGUUGAACCAUUUUACAUUUAUUACUACAAUGUAGAAAGAAAAGACAUGAGAAGAGUUAGGCUCUUAGGAAUUGCUGAUGAUGAAGAGUUUAGGCGACGAUACGGAAUCGGAGGGCAGUGUUACGUCUUAAUCUCACCCCAACACGUCGAAAGUAUUGCCUCUCUAUAA